UCCGCUGAUGUGUUAGUUUUUGGAAUAGCGUCUCGGAAAAUUCCUCAUCAGGAGGCUCGGGAAUUGCCAAUGAAGGCAAUUAUCCCCACGCUUUGUGCACACGCUUAAUGGCUUGUCACUGCGCGUCCCGUCGUCGGGGAAAAGGUGGAUGGUUUGGAGAGGGUGGACGUCAGGCAGAUGACUUCAGCAGCUGUCAGGAUGACCGAGCAGAUGUUUGGGAAUGGGAUCAUCCCCUUUAGGAUACUGGAAAACAGCGCUCAUCAGCACGAGGAUUUGGAACUCAACGUCUGCAAACUCCCUUGGAGGAUUAGGAAACCGGGGUGGGGACCAUAUUUGGUCCCUGAAGGCCUCACUUUUGCUGCAGAAAAUCUCGAAUAAGAAGGAUUAUGAAAAAGAAUCCAUUAGUUUUGGGUGUUGUUCCAAGGUGCUGAGUGGUCCUCGUGGGUCAUGGGCCGGUCAGCCAGACCGGCCAGUCCACUCCAGGCGUGGACCAUGCUGCCGAUGCUUUUGCUCGUCUAUCUGCUCCCCCACGGAGCCUCCAGCCUUCCUCAGCCUCAGCCUCGAGUCUUCCUCUCCUUUGACGAGCUGCAGGCCGUGGCGUCCUUCCAGCACUACACGCUGUCCGACAAGGCCAUGGACUACAGGAUCCUGCACGUGGACGAGGACCAGGACAGGAUGUACGUGGGCUGCAAGGACCACGUGCUGUCCAUGGACAUCAACAACAUCUCACACGGCGCACUGAAGGUGUUUUGGCCCGCGUCCACCAGCAAGAUGGAGGAGUGCCAAAUGGCGGGCAAAGACCCCACGCACGGCUGCGGCAACUUCGUGCGGGUGGUGCAGCCGUACAACCGAACGCACCUCUUCAUGUGCGGCAGCGGCGCCUACAGCCCCGUGUGCGUCUACGUCAACAGGGGGCGCCGACCCGAGGAACAAAUAUUUCACAUCGACUCCAGGUCCGAGUCCGGGAAAGGGAGGUGCUCCUUCAACCCGCAAGUCCACACCGUGUCCAUCAUGCUCAACCAGGAGCUCUUCUCCGGCAUGUACAUCGACUUCAUGGGCACGGACGCCGCCAUCUUCAGGAGCCUGACCAAGAGGAACGCCGUGCGCACCGACCAGCACAAUUCCAAGUGGCUUAGCGAACCAAUCUUCAUCGACGCCCAGCUCAUCCCGGACGGCACCGACCCCAACGACUCCAAGCUGUACUUCUUCUUCCGGGAGAGGCUGAUGGACAACAGCGGGAACACCAAGAACAUCCACACCAUGGUGGCCCGAGUGUGUCCGAGCGACGUGGGGGGACAGCGAAGUCUGGUCAACAAGUGGACCACCUUCCUCAAGGCCAGGAUGGUGUGUUCCGUCCUGGAGGAGGACGGCACGGAGACGCACUUUGAUGAACUGGAAAGCGUGUUUUUGCUGGAAAGCGAACAUCCCAAAGGCCUGUUGCUGUUCGGAGUCUUCACAUCCACAAGCUCCGUCUUCAAAGGCUCGGCGGUGUGCGUGUACAACAUGGCCGACGUCCUCACCGUCUUCAACGGGCCUUUCGCUCACAGAGACGGACCCAACUUCCAGUGGGUGGCCUUCCAGGGACGCAUCCCCUACCCGAGACCUGGAACUUGUCCCGGCGGCGCCUUCACGCCAGACAUCCGCACCACCAAAGAGUUCCCGGAUGACGUGGUCAACUUUGUUCGCAACCACCCUGUCAUGUUCAAUGCCAUCUACCCCGUCGGGAGGAGACCUCUGGUGGUCCGCACGGGGGCCAACUACAAGUACACGUCCGUGGCGGUGGACCAGGUGGCGGCGGCGGAUGGAAACUACCAAGUCCUGUUCCUGGGCACGGACAAAGGCACCGUCCAGAAGGUGAUCGCCCUGCCCACCAACAGCUCCCUGCAUGAGGAUCUCAUCCUGGAGGAGCUGCAAGUCUUUCAGAGCCAAGCUGCAGUGACGAACCUGAGAAUCUCCUCCAAAAAACAACAACUCUACAUCAGCUCCGAGUCGGGGGUCUCUCAGGUGUCGCUGCACCGAUGCCACGCCUACGGCUCCGCCUGCGCCGACUGCUGCCUGGCCAGGGACCCGUACUGCGCCUGGGACGGACUCAGCUGCUCCCGCUUCUACCCCACCGGGAAGAGGAGGAGCAGGAGGCAGGACGUCAUGCACGGGAAUCCUCUGACUCAAUGCCGGGGCUUCAAUCUGAAAGCCUACAGGAACGCGGCGGAGAUGACGCAAUACGCCGUGAGAAACAACACCACCUUCCUGGAGUGCCUCCCCAAGCCCCCCCAGGCCUCCAUCCGCUGGCUCAUCCAUCGGGACAACGACAGGCGGAAAGAGGUGAAGCUGAACGAACGCGUCCUCUCCACCGACCACGGCCUCCUGGUGCGCUCGGCCCAGCCCUCCGACCAGGGCUUGUACUACUGCCUGACCACCGAGAACGGCUUCAAGCGCACCGUGGCCAAGAUCCGCCUGCGGGUGCUGAGCGAGGCCGCGGUGAGCGUGCUGGCGGACAGGAAGCGGGCGCCGUGGGACCGCUCCGCCUCGUUGCACCCCAAGGCGCUGCUGGAGGCCUUCAGCCCGGCGGAGAACCUGGCCGUGCGGCAGUACUGCAAGGAGAGGAAGGAGCUCCAGCAGAGGCAGCCGCCCCCGGGGCCUCUCAGGGGGGACUUAGCCAAACUCAAGCCCAUGCUGGAUCGCAGGAAGGGACGCAACCGUCGCAAUCACCUCCCGGAGGAGUGAAGCGUAGACUCUGGACCCCCAGAGGAGGACGAUGCUCCUCUACCAAAGUCGCCUGGGACACGCCCGGCGGGACAGUAGGUUGUAGCCGGGGGCGGGGUGCAUCUUCUGGGACAAAAUGACAGACGAAGGGAAACAAUGGCCACCUUCUCAAGCCUCCUGUAUUUAUUAUUCGUUAUUCAUCCUGCCUGAUGAAAGUGUAAUGUUCCAAGUCCUCCACUAGGUAGUGCAAGUGAGUACGUGUGAGCUUGUGUACAGGUAUUUAAAGUUUUCGUGUAAAUAACUUCACCGAAAUACUACGACUGCAGAGACUCGCCUGAGUACACGCCCGUUUCCGACAGCGCACGUUAAUAAAAGUGUACGACCAGCAGCCACUAAAGCGGCCAUAUUUAUUUUACGUUUUACUUCACGUUUUGCCCAAAUGUGUGUUUCUCAGGUACUAGCCCCACCUGUUAGCACCCACCCAUUGAGCAUGUGUUGAUGAGUCCUAAUGAAAUAACCAGAGAAAGAACCAGAGUAGAGGGGGGGAGGAGACCCGUGCCGUGGCCCAGCAAGGUGCACCGUAUUCGGGUACACAUCCCGAGCAGUGUGGCUGUGACGCCAUGGAGGUUUCUGGCCAACCAGAGAGGUGCAGCGCUGGCAUUUCAGGUGGCUGAUGAGGUUUUUUUUGUGUGCCCCAUGGGGGCGGG